UGCUGAUGCCCUUUUGGCGGAGAGAUCUCCAGGAAUAAUGAGGAACUACCACGCAGAGAAGUACAGGCUGUAUGUACUACAGAGGAUACUGCAGCAUGCCAAGGCGGAUAUACAAAGAGGAGGAAAUCACACCUUGGAAGUGGAUGUCACAGACAAUACUCAACAUUCUGAGACUGUGACGGAAGGAAAUAUACUGGAAAGAAGCUAUACAACAGAAACAAAACAGGGUCAAGUCAUUGAAACAGUUGUACAACAUCAUGAUACUUUUGACGAAUCCGACGGUGCUAUGGCCACUGAUAAAGAUGCAGAUGAAUACCCAUGUCUCAAUGAACACCUGUCACAGAAGCAGUUAAUGGCAUGUUUGUUAAUUGUUGCUUUGGCGGGGAAUAACCUGAAGAAGAGGUUGCUAUGGGCAGGUUCUCACACAGGAACAAGAGUGGAAAGAGAAACCUACAACCGAUACAUUGCUUGGGCGCUCAAGGUUUUCGACAUCAAUGCAGACACAUACACUAAGAAGAUGAUACAAAAUGAUUUAACACAAUUGUCAGGAUGCUGUCUAUGUCAGGAGGCUGGAUCAUACAGAAUAAGAAACCAAAACGUACCAAUAAGGCUGAGAGACAUACUGCUCAGCGAUCUGAGACAAUUGAUUGCAAAGAUGGACCUGGAAUUUAUAUUUCGUUUUGUGAGUUCAAGAGCUGAAUCCACUGAGGUGGAAGAUGUAGAUAUCCCCUUCCAAAUUGAAUUGAAGCAAGAUGAUGUACCUGUUGUAGCUCAACGUUUUGCGGCAGCCAUUCAGGGCAAAGAGUUUGCUUUUGUGUGCAUGCAUUCCCUCUUUCAGGAACAGACAUUUGUCGAUAUGGUCUUUAAGAAUCUGGUUCAAAAUCUGAACAAGGACAAUUCUACUCUCUUGAAAUUAUUGUCCAGUAAUGACACUGUACAUGGACAGUCCUUUCUGUUUUGGACGAGCAUUACAGACAACUCGAAAUUGUUGCGGAAGGCUUUGUCCACUGUUCAAUUUAGUGUACAUAACAGAAAGCAAGCUUUGUUUGGAAGUUGCUUUGGUAGUAGUUCAGACAACUUCGACUACUUGCUUUCCGAAUGUAAGUGUAAGUUGGAUCAGUUGUGUAUGACAUUACCAGAUCUUCCAAGACCUCUUAUCAUCAAACUGAAAAUGGAAGUUGUAGAUGAUCUAGGGGUGAAGUUCCACAUGAUUUCCUUGCUUGACAUUGCCUGUAUGAGUGGAUUGUCUGCAGUGGCUUCCAGACUCUUGGAUGUAUCAAAGGCAAUGAACAGGAAUAGGUCAAGAAAGGCAACAUAUGUACAUUAUGCAUCUAUGUGCCAAAGGGCAGUAAUAUUAUCAAUACAAUUAUAAAGAUGGGACUUCUAACAUAAAGAUCAUAGGUCCGGGGUAACAACACCUUUACAUUACGCAUGUGCAGUAGGAAAUGUUGGGAUUGUAAGCAUUUUGUUGCAGGAAGCAGUGGAUACUGGAAAGCGAAACAUGUGGGGUGAAACUGGGCUUCAUUUGGCAUGUUUAUAUGGGAA